GCACUACUUAGUAGCAAACAAAUGAGAAGAAUCAAUUUUAUCAGUGUUGGAAGCUAACUUGAUGGGGUGAAAUCUGGGACCUCCCUCUGCUGAGUCUGGAGAGCAAAUAGGACUUGUGUGUAUCUGUAUCAUUUUAUUUCAGAGCACUUUCUUCAAAAUUCUUUUAUUUUUUAACUGACAUUUAGGCAUAGGUUAGGUUCCUCAGGUGGUGGGCAACAAGGAAGAAGUUACUUCUGCCACAGGAGUCAGUGCUCCUGCUGCCCCACCUUCUCCCUUUCCAUCCCCCGCAGUGUGGUGAAACCUCUGGAACCGCUGCGCUAACAAAUAGCCCAACUGCCCAACGGCCACAAACUGCCCAACUGCCCAACGGCGUCCGUGCUGUGCCUGUCACCCUGCGGCCCCACUGCUUCUACAGCACAGGCUGUGCUUGCUUUCACGUCUGUUUGGGUGCUGACAAAGUUCAUGUCUUCACUAGAAAGGUUUCAGCAUGGACUGUAGGAAGAAUAAAACUGACGGAGAGAAGGAAGAGGAGUUUUUAGUGCAAAAUAGUGCUCCAACUCUUGAGUCACCUUCCACGGUAGCUGUAGCAGGUUUUGAUGCCAGUGUCAGCUCCAAUAGUGGUAAUCAAUCAGAGCCAGAGCAUGCUGAAAAUGGUAAAGAAAAAGGAAAAUGUGAGCAAAGUGAAGAGAGGAAGUCUGAUGUAAAAGAACACGAUAAUCAUUUGCCCAAAGGUUGCAAAUGGAGUUUUCAAGUGUCUGACUUGCAAAAUUUGAGUAGCACUGAGUGCAUACCAAUUCUCCAAGCAAAAAUGCAGGAAAUCCGUAAACGCUAUCGGUUGCUGAAAGCUGAGUUGGCUGCCAUUGACAGGAAAAAGCAUUUAAAGAAAAAAAAAGAGCUGGAAAGGGCUGCUGCCACAUCAAGUUCUACACCAAAUGAAAUGCCAGGGGAAUGCAGCAGAAAGCAAAAGUGUGGCCCAGCGUUAAUGCAGCACCAGUCAAAACACAGCUGAAUUUUGAUUCCUGUUCAUUAUGGUAAUUAGAAAAUGUCAAAGUAAGCUCCUGAAAAUAUUUGCUGACUCCUUGUAUCAACUGUCUUGAGGUCAGAUUCAUUGGAAUUGAAACUGGAAUAAAUAUUCUGGCGUUCUCUGCUUA